AUGGAAUUGAGAGAAUGUAGUGAGGAGGCUGAGGAGGAAAUGUGUAGUGAGGAGGCUGAGGAGGAAAUGUGUAGUGAGGAGGCUGAGGAGGAAAUGUGUAGUGAGGAGGCUGAGGAGGAAAUGGUGCCGAUGCAAAGAGGAAGUUUUGGUUUCCUGCCUCAGGGCAAAGAGGAAGACGGCAGAUGUGGGGAGGGGAGCUUCAUGCCAAGACGGUGUCUUGGAGUGAAGAAGAUGGGAGAGACCCCACCAUGUUAUAAACCUGAAGCAGAAGGCCAGAACCAGAAACCUGAACCAGAAGGUCAGAACCAGAAACCUGAACCAGAAAGCCAGAACCAGAAACCUGAACCACAAGGCCAGAACCAGAAACCUGAACCAGAAAGCCAGAACCAGAAACCUGAACCAAAAAGCCAAAACCAGAAACCUGAACCAGAAAGCCAGAACCAGAAACCUGAACCAGAAAGUCAGAACCUGAAACCUGAACCAGAAGGUCAGAACCUGAAACUUGAACCAGAAGGUCAGAACCUGAAACCUGAACCAGAAAGCCAGAACCAGAAACCUGAACCAGAAAGCCAGAACCAGAAACCUAAACCAGAAGAGAAGAGGGAGACAUUCGUGAGCCGGAGGUUCAGGCUGCCCGACGAGUGUUCCCAGUGCUGUGAACACUGA